AUCUCUUGUUUUGUUUCGCUGAUCGAAUAAAAACGUCGUAGCAUUGCUUCUCCGUAAAAAUCAAUCAAAAAUUGAUCGCGUAAGUAUUUUGCAAGACAAGUGAUUGAAUACUGUCUUCGGCGAAAUGGAUAACUCUUCUAGUAGCUGUGGCUCAGCUCCGUCUAACAGUUCGGAUCGCCUUAAGAUGCUCUAUCCUUUCGUUAACGAAGAGGACACGCCACUGCCUCGCUGUUGGAGCUCUAAAGAUAAAUAUAACUUCAUUGGACUAUCUCAAAACAAUCUGAGAGUCCAUUACAAAGGUUAUGGCAAAACACACAAAGAUGCUGCAAGUGUCAGAGCUACCCACCCAAUUCCAUCAGCUUGUGGUCUUUAUUAUUUUGAAGUGAAAAUUGUCAGCAAAGGCCGGGAUGGGUAUAUGGGGAUUGGGCUCUCAGCUCAGGGAGUAAACAUGAAUAGACUUCCUGGCUGGGAUAAACAUUCUUAUGGUUAUCACGGUGAUGACGGCCAUUCGUUUUGCUCGUCGGGUUCGGGCCAACCAUAUGGACCAACAUUCACAACCAGUGACGUUAUAGGUUGUGGAGUGAACCUUAUCGACAACACGUGUUUCUACACAAAAAAUGGACACAACCUCGGAACGGCCUUUGCUGAUUUGCCUUCAAAUUUAUACCCUACCGUGGGUUUACAAACCCCUGGCGAAAUUGUAGAUACCAAUUUUGGCCAAUCUCCCUUUGUUUAUGACAUCGAAGAUGAUAUGAGAGAACUCAGGGCGCGUGUUGCUUCUACUAUUCUCAACUAUCCCAUUCCUGAUAAACAAGGCCAUUGGGAAGCUUCAUUACAAAGGAUGAUAGCUACUUAUUUAGUACAUCAUGGCUACUGUGCCACGGCAGAAGCAUUUGCACGAUCUACUGGGCAAGAGUUUGGUGAAGAAGUAGCCUCAAUAAAAAAUAGGCAACGAAUCCAACGCCUGGUAUUGAGUGGACGGAUGGGCGAAGCAAUUGAGACCACACAGACCUUGUACCCUACUCUACUUGACUCCCGCCCCAACUUGUUAUUCUUGUUGAAAGUGCGACAGUUUAUUGAAAUGGUUGGCGGAUCAGAUUCGGAAGUUCGGUCAACAACUGGCAGAAGUCCAAAAUCCCAGAAUUCUGGUAGUCCGAACAUGAGCCCUAAUUAUGGUGGAUUUGGAACUUCUCAGGGAGCUCAUCCCAGCUUAAGGUCUCGGUCUAGAUCACGGAGCUCAAGUCCUGGCCACUCUUCAGUACAAACAUCAGUGAUUCAGUCUACUAAAGCUUUUUCUCAACAUCUUAACGGUUCGUCCGCAGCAGCGCCAUUGUCCUCGGAUAUGAAAGAAGAAACAGAUGAAGACGUAGAAAUGAACGGAGCCUCCCAGAAUGGUUCUCAUGCAGUCACGGGUGAAACUUCAACAUAUUCAGGCGUGAAAAACGAGAGUCUCCUCGAGAUGGAAGUCGAUGUUGCUGGCCCUAGCACGUGUACAAGACGUCAGCUAUGUGGCGGUAAUCAGUUAGCAAUGGAAAGAACCCUCGAAUUUGGUAAAGAGUUGCAAGCCCUUAGCGUUACACUCCGGAGACAGCAUGGGAAGAAUGAAGCUAAUAAAAAGAUGCUAAGGGAUGCCUUCAGUUUACUUGCGUAUGCUGACCCAUGGAAAAGCCCAGUAUGCGAACAACUUGACCCUGUUCAGCGGGAACCUGUCUGCGCAGCACUCAAUUCGGCUAUUAUGGAGUCCCAUCACCUGCCCAGAAGGCCACCAAUGGAAUUGGCCAUCGGCCACGCCAGGGAACUUUUGCGACUCAUGGCCCAAAACGGUCUCGGAUCUUGCGCCUUUGCAAAUAUCGAUCAUCUAUUGCAACCUUAGUUAAUAAUUUAGGUCGGCCGGAAGAUGUGCGAAUGCGAAAGCUGUUACUGUAUGCUGUUUAUUUUUGCGUUUGCUUCUAUCCUCCCGUUUCCCUCAUAACUGUGAAACCCAAUCAACCAAAUAAAAAAGAAAAAUAACAAAAAUAAAAGAAAAAUGAUGAUUUGAGAACUAACGCUAAACAAAUUACAAAGUUUCUUUGUACACCAAAUUUUGGGCUGAUUCAUUCGUUUCUGUUAUGUACUGGGUGGUAGUUUCGUAUGUUUGAAUCUGGUGGUCUUCUUUCUCAUCUCUUCAUUUUGUUUAAUACUUUGUAUCGUUUCCGGCAAACGUUGUUGUGCGAAUGUCCUAAGGUAUGUAGUACAUUGACAACUAUAAGAGUACACUUAUCACGACGAA